AUGGCCGAUCCCGUGGUAUCAAGCGAUGAAACUUUCCAGUCGGAGCUCCAAGCAGCUCUGGCAGGUGGCGUGGAAAGCUUCCACCACUUCUCUCCUCAGUUCCCGACCGUCAAAACCACAGCCACAAUGUACGGGCAGAGUGGGCUGCAGAGUGGGCUGCAGAUGGCCCGCAGUGACUGCGGGGACACCGAAAGUUUCUGCAGUGAGGGUCGCACGGCUGCAUGGCAACGACUCCCUUCGAAUGCUUUGCGCAUCCCUCGCAUCAGCCUGCCCGAGCCAGAGCAUGGCCCACAGCAACGAUCAGAUCUAGGGGAGCUGGAGGAAUUGGCGGCCGCUCCUGCGUCGUCGUCACGUAGAAUCCCUCCUGCAUUGAACUGUAUGCGGGCAUUGCAGCAGGACUUGAUCGCAGAGUCCGAGGCUCAGCAGAAGCUUGAGGAUUUUCGAUGUGAGGUGGAUAGUACUCGUAGGCGUCAGGAGCGACACAGGCUUGAAGAAGAGGCUGCUGUUGAAGCCCUGGAUGCGCUGUGCCAGCGAUCUCAGCGACCUGCCACGACAGAAAGAAUCUCUGACUCCGAGUCCUCUAAAGAUGCAUUGGAAAGAUUGCUUCGGCAGCUCCGAUAUUUGCGUGAAGAGACGCGCACAUUCAUGGAUGCAAAAGUGUGGAUUGUGAACAUGUAA